AUGCGUAUCAAUGCCGUUUUGUGUUUGUCUGUCGUGUUAUGGUUAUUAUUAGGAGCAGGAAACCGUCAGGACCCUGAGGGGCUUUACGCGGUGCUUGGCGUCGAGCCAGAUGCUAGUAUCGACGAAAUCAAGAGGAAGUACAAGGCUUUGGCCAUAAAAUGGCACCCGGACAAAAACCCUACGAACGCGGCAAAGGCAACCGAAAUGUUCCAAAAGAUUUCCACGGCCUACGAGACCCUGUCGGAUCCAAAGAAACGGAGAGAAUAUGACGAUAUGGGCGACUUUGAUAUCCCCCUACAGUGGUCAAGAAGCACGUCUUCGUCCAGGAGGCACAGGUCACAGCGCAGGCACGGCGCCAACUCACGUCGCCAGUCGGAUCAAUUCGCCAUGUCAUCCUCUGUCAUCACUAGGGAGAGGACCCUACCUGACGGCAGUGUCGAGAUAACUACAACGGAAGAGAUCGUGGGUAGGGAUGGAACCGUUACGCGGAAGUCGUCCACUGAGAUACGACCACCACGGCACACAUCCACAAGCAGAAGAAUAUCACACCAACCGGAGCGGAUGGCACAUAAUAUGAGGGCCGUCUCCACAUCGUUCUCUGAUCGGCAGAGGGGCCCGCGGAACUCUGGCCAUCGUGACGCCUUUUGA